AGGACAUGACGCCCCUCGAGAACGACCCGGCAAGGGGUGCGCCGAGUGAACAAGAAAAGGCGAACCAGCCCUGAGAUGGAGCUCAGGGUGCAGGUGUGGUUGGUGCUGGCCGCGGCGCUGGCGCAACAGGUCGCGGCCAACUACCCCCUCUUCGACGAGUCCACCAAAAUGCGCGUGCUGCUCGUCCCGUGGGACACCAGGGUCGGCAGCGCCAUAUACAGGGUCAGGGCCACCGACUCGGAUUACGACUACCCCUUGAGUUUCGACGUCCAGGGUCGGACGGGCCGAAGUCUUUUGCGGGUGGAGAAUCUUCCGUGUGCCAGGAAUUACUCCGUGUGCGAGGCCAACGUGAUUUUGGCCAAGCCCUUGGAGAAGAACCGACUGUACCAGUUCACGAUGUCCGUGCGAGACGCGCAGGGCGACCAGACCAACGUCGAAGCCACCCUGAGAGCCACCCCUGGCUCGUCGGUCGCCGCCCUCGACACGGCUUUUCCGCGAUAUUCAACGCUCAUCAUGGUGCCAGAAAACACCAAGGUUGGCGCCGAGCUGGAGUACUUUCUGGUACGGAAGAGUAACCUGCACGCCAGACACGCAUACCUCGAGCUCAACGGUGCGUCCAUGUUCAAAAUGAAGCAGCGACUGGCCGGAAAUAGCGUGUCCAACGGCAGUGUGAUCCUGAUGGAGGAACUCGACUACGAGAAGCAAAAUUUGUACCCCCUUCACAUGGCAGCAACAGACCCAUUCACAAACUCAUUGGAGGACACGAGAAACAUCCUCGGUUUUGAUUUGGCUGUGGUUGUUUCCGACGUCCAAGACACACCGCCUGUCUUCAUUCAAGCGCCCCCAGUCACAUCAUUGCCCGCAACAAUCAGACCGGGGGAUAUGAUUUUGAAAGUGAUGGCCGAAGACGGGGAUAAAGGAAAUCCAAGGGAAAUCAGGUACGGCCUCCUGACUCAGGGCAACCCUUUCACACCCUUCUUCAGAAUUGGAGAAACGUCAGGUGAACUGCGUUUGACGAGGUCAUUGGACGACCUGAGGGCCAUCAUAAAGCCCAACACGCCUGUGGUGCUCAGGGUUAUUGCCGAGGAGGUGGUGACCGGCGGUCGGCAGGAGGACAACCCUGAGCACCUGAUCAGCACCGAAGCAGAGCUGGCUCUGAUUCUACCAGGCUCGACAAACAAACCACCAAUGUUCGAAAGUGAAAGUUACGUCGCUUCCAUUCCCGAGGACAGUUCUCCAGGAACCCCUCUGACCUUCACGGAUCCUUGGCUGCCCAGGGUCAGAGAUAAUGACGUGGGUCUCGGAGGAGUUUUUUCGCUCAGCCUCAUGGGGGACAACGGAACUUUUGAAAUCAGUCCGUCCGUGGUAGAGGGAAGCGCCAAUUUCAUCAUCAGAGUGAAAAACAACGCCAUGCUGGAUUACGAAAAAUACCAAACGCUCAACUUUAAGAUUUUGGCCAAAGAAGUGAACCAACCAGGAAAUGGCGCCCUUUCCGCCCUUGCCUCGGUGACUGUCAUGGUGAGCGAUGUAAACGACAACCCACCCCUAUUCAGCCAGCCCAACUACGCGGCAGUCCUGCCCGAAAAUGCGACCGCAGGCACGCCGGUGACGCAAGUCCACGCCGAGGACGUGGACACAGGCGUUUACGGCGAGGUCAGGUACACAAGGAUUCUCGGCCAGUUAAAUGAGUCCCUCAACCUUGACCCCUACACCGGACAAGUCACAGUGGCCGCCAACAAUCACCGAUUUGAUAGAGAAAUCGCCCCAGAAUUUAAAUUCUACGUGGAAGCGCGAGACGAGGGCGGCGGCGGGCGAGCUUCGACCGUGCCGCUGGUCAUCUCGCUUAUUGACGUCAAUGACCACUCGCCGCGUUUCGAAUACUCAUCCUACGACCUGUACUUGUCGCCCGACAACAACAACUUUUCCACCAGAGUGUUCUUGAAACUUAAAAAAUCUAAAUUCCAGGCCACUGAUGGAGACGCCGAAGCGCCCAAUAACGCCGUGCGCUAUGAGAUCAUUAGCGGAAAUUUCGCGAAUAAGUUUUACCUUGAUCCGAUCACAGGAGAAUUGAAAGUCAUCCCGCGAAGGGAGGACAGAGAGAAUUUGCUCAAACCGCAAGAACCUUCGUUAUAUACUUUGCUCGUCAGAGCCUACGAUUUAGGCGUUCCUCACCGAUGGGGCACGGCCGAGGUAAGAAUCAAGCCGGCAAUCGUGGACGCCUCGCCGAAAGGCUCCGUCGUCUUCAUUGUGCCGAACUCGCCGACAAAGGUGCUCUCCGACCUGCGGGCAACGGAGAAACUUUUAAUGCAGCUGACGGGCGGAAAGGUCAACAUCAAAGAGGUCAGGCCGUUCAAGCCUGGAGAGACUCUGAUCGCUGCGGAUCUUGCUCCUGGAGCAAGCCACACAGACAAGAGUGUUGUGGUGGCUGAAGUUUCCUACACAGGAGAACCAGCUAUUGUAGAUGUAGCUGAAAUGCAGCAACGCCUGAUGGCCAAUCAAACACCGGUUGUGACCAAAGCGGUCAUUACGGAAUAUCGAGCUGACACGAGUGCCCUGUUUUGGUUCAUGGUGUUUUUCACUUUGGCACUGCUGGUCGCGUUGAUUGCGCUCGUGAUUUGCUUCCUUUUUGCUGGCUGCCCGCUUUACAUUGAAAGAAAAGAGCCUCCUCCGCCUCCUCCACCACCACCUAGGCCUACAGAGGAAGUGAGACUGGUUCUUGAGCGACCAGACAGAGUGGACGGUGACAAAUUUGUCAUUCGAAGAGAGGCCUGGAGUGCCGAUGGCCGCGAUCGCUACGUCCAAUUCAACAGACGCAACGUUCUGACGCUGGACCCGAAGCCGCAAAUUCAGGACUCGUAUUCAACCAGGAGUGAAAAGGUGCCAAGGCACCACGAGCGGCCGAACGUGAUCUACACCAGGGAGCUGCAGAACCACGACAUGAAGGUAUACGACGAUGAGUCCGUCAUUCACACGGACACACCGAUGGCCCUCGACCUGGAGAGGCCACACAUUUAUCCGAGAAAAGGCAAUUUCAACUCGGAGGUUCUGUUUGAAGAGGCCGACGAAGAUUCGUCGGUGAGGAGGCACGAGAUGGAAAGGGGGUCCGAUAUUGCCCGCAGGAUCAUCCCCUCUCACAACACGGGCGUAGUUGAAGUUCUCACUUUACCAGACGAAGAUAGGGAGUUUCGUGAGCAGCACUACACAAAAGCAGGCAAUGCAGAAGUUUUAAGGCUUUUCUCCCACCAAGACGACGAUGAAGACAGUCAGACCAGACAAAUGGGAAAAGAUAUGAUAAUGAGACGGUUCAUGGAGGAUCAAAGCAUCCGACUUUUGGAGACUGAUGACGAUGAUGAGCUGUUGAUGAUCGGGCGGCAGGAUACAGAGGACCAAGAUGAGGAAGAUGACGUCAUCGAGGGCGAGUACAUUGCUGCAGACACUAAGGCUAACAUGCUGCGGAGACAAUCGAACAAAGAGAAAAAUCGCAGUCGCAGCCAGUCGCUGCCGAGGCAGCAGGGCGGGUUGAGUAACCUGAGCAAGAAGAAGAGCAUGUCAAAUUCUGGCCUGGAAAAGGCCAGCAAGGUGACGUUCGCCAGUCCGAGUGUCUCUGAUGGCGAGGACGACGACUUCGUGAGAAAUGGCUCAAGAGCUGAUUCAAUCAAAAAAGCUCCUUGGAAAGUGGAAGAUCGUGAAGGGAUCCGGAAAACCGUCCUCAAAAAGCCGCCGGAACUCAAGCAAGUCAAGCAGUCAUCAGGAGCAGCAGGGGGUGGCGGAUCCCAAACAAAGGCCGGCAAUGCUGCCCAAGAAAAGAAAACUGGCAAGGCAGGCCAGCAUGUCAGCUCGUCAUUCGGCGGCAAGAAAGAAGCAACCGGCAACGGUGGCGCCACCAUCACAACCGGUGCCGCCGGCAGCAGCACAGACGUGAGGCACAAACAGCAGCAAGAGAACAAACCCAAGGCGUACGAGGUAGUGAUGGACGAAGGACCACAGCAAAGCAAAGUAGAAGAAGUAAGACAAACUAGAGACAGCAGUCCUCAGCCCAUGGCCGCCCAAGCACCGGCACAACCAGUUAGAAAGGCGGCGGCCGUCAACAGGUCGGAGGAGGUCAAGUCGAGGAACUCACUGCUCCAGCCUAGCAGUCCUGGCACGUCUAGGAAGAGCAAGGAUAGUAGACAGCACAGUCCUAGUCCUAGGAAGACGGAUCAUUCAAAGUCAAGACGAGGACCUAGCAAAAGUCCAAGUCCACCGCAACACAGCAAAAGAGGUGAACACAAAUCGUCAAACAAAGAUGACGUUAAGUCUAAGCACACCAAGACGUCAUUGAACCGGGUUGAGAAAAGUGUAAAUGGGAAACAGACCGGUUCAAAAAACUCCCAACCACGAGUCGAGGUCGUUGAUGCGACGGUGGCCGAGCUGGUGCACGGUGUUGCUGAUGGCGACACCGAGAGCAAGGAUGGUGGAGGGGAAGAGGAGAGAGGUGAGGAGAGGGACGAGCCGAGAGCCGACAUCGCACUUAAAGAAGCGGUAGAGUCUUCAAUACAGACAGACGUAACUUUGGUACCCCUGAUCAAUUCGACCAGGGCGCCGUGGGAAGACGACCUGGACUCGGGAAUAGCGAUGGGAGAGGAGAGGAGCAAGCGCCUAGCCUACCUAACCAACAAGAAGAGCAUCUUCACAAUAGCGUACAAUGACGUGGGGAUCCCAAGCAUUAGGGCCGAUAGUGCUUCGCCUUUGUCGUAACUGGGAAAAAAUAAUUACAAAUUUAACAUCAAAAAUGUCAAUGUACAACGCUGAGCGAUAAUGGUGUCUGCUGUGCUAGAUUUCAUAUUCAGAACAUUCAUAUAAUUCAAACUGCUUCCCUCAAGUCAGACAGGACCAAUUUUAAAAAGCAAUUUUUUAAUCUGAAUAAUUUUUGUAUAUGUGCAAAUUAUACGAAGCCUUAAAAUAUUACAAAGUUUUUUAAAAAUCUAGCGCAAAAAAUACACAACUGAACACAAUAUUACAGCAAAAUUUUACAUGUAAUAAAUGAUAAAAUAUGCAAAAUAAUAUUUAAAAAAAGGUUGUGAGUAGACAUUUAUAUAUAAAAAAAAAAAUUUAAAAAAAAAAUGUGUCUGCUCAUCAUUAUUUCCUUUUACCUAAUCAUCAUCAAAAGUACAAUAAGGAAAAAAAAUUAUUUUGUUACUUGAAACCGCUUGAAACUAUGAAUAAUGCAAAAAAAACUGUUUUUGCUCUUCCAAGAAUGAAAUGUAAAAUAACCAUAGAGACAAGCAUUAGAUUUUUUCAUGUUCUUUUGUAUAAUUUGAAAGUAAUUUUAUUUUCUAGUAAAAUGUUUCUGA